UUGUUCCAUAUAGUCGUAACGUUUGUUAAAAGUCUAGAACGCCUGACUCAGAGAAGUCUUAAUUCUUAUGUUAUUUUGACCUCGGUUAUGUAAACACUCAUUAUGUACUGGCACAGUGAGGUUUUUGUAUGAGAGUUUAGUCAUUUAAUUCAUAUACAAUGGUCGAAUUGUAAAGUGUAGAUAAUUUAUUGGUUCCCGUGUCUGCAAUCAUAGUCAGUAGACGAUCGGUCGUGCGGUUGCAAGAUGUCGUUUAAAGUUGAGAAGAUCAGUGAGCCGGCGGUGCUGGGCGAGGGUCCACACUGGGACGACCGACAGCAAUGUCUCUACUACGUCAGCAUUCAUGAGAAGACCAUACACAAGUACGUGCCUGCCACCGGAGAUUUCUUCAAGACCCAGUUAGACGGGCGCGUUGGCUUCGUCGUACCAAUAGACGGCACUACAGACCAAUUCGUAGUGGGGGUGGAACGUAAGUUCUUAGUGGUGCGGUGGGACGGGGCGGAGGGAAGCAAGGUUGAUGUCCUGAAGGAACUGGGGGAGGUCGACCAGGACGUACUAACGACCAGGAUCAAUGACGGCAAGGCUGAUCCCAGAGGCAGGCUGUUUGGCGGUACAAUGGGCCGCGAGGAUCCUCCAGGAGAGUUUCAGCCGAAAAUAGGCUCCCUGUUCCGUAUAGACGGUAGCAAAGGCUGCACGAUUGAGAAGGUGGCCACCAGCGUGACGGUGUCUAACGGUUUGGCCUGGGACUUGAAGGAAAAGGCGUUUUACUACAUCGACUCCAUGGACAGGAAGGUCAGGAGAUACGACUAUGAUAUCGAGACGGGAGUAUUCUCAAAUUUGUCCUAUGUAUUCGAUUUCGAAAAGAACAACGUCGAAGGCUUUCCUGACGGCAUGACCAUAGACACCGACGGAAACUUAUGGGUAGCGGUCUUCGGGGGCUCAUGCGUGAUUAAAAUAGACCCCAGAACGCAAAAACUGCUUAUGAAGGUGCCAAUUCCAGCCCUGCAGGUAACUUCGGUUACAUUCGGAGGUCCUAACUUGGAUAUUCUGUUUGUAACAACAGCCAGCAUGAAUAUCGGAGGGGAGCAGUUACCACCGUGCGGUUCUACCUUCAUGGUUCUGGGGCUCGGUGUUAAGGGACACCCGAAUUAUAAUUUUAAGUUGUAAGCUAUAAUAUAUUUUUUAUUGAAAGAUUGGUUCUUACGAAAUGAAUUGUAAACAAAAUCUCGUGUCUUGCAGAAAUGCGUUUUGUAAAAAUACAAAAUUGUUAGAAUAAUUCAAGUAUAAAAUGUUUUUUGUUAAAAAUCCAUUAUUUUGAUAUUGUUGUUAAAGGAUGUUAUUUAUUUAUAAUUGGUAGAGGCUUAACAAUUAUUGGACUGAGAAGUGUAAAAGUGUAUAUACCUACUUAUCUGAAAACAAUUGCCCAAAUAUUUUAAAUGUUUUUUUUUUAUUAUUAAAAACGUACACUAAUAUAUAAAAAUACUUGGGUUCAAUUGUGUGCGUGGGUAAUUACACUUCGUAUUUAUCUAACUUUAAAUGCAUAUGAAAAAUAUACUUAUUUUAGACAUAUGAUAAAAAAAAAACUACAUUUUAUUAGUUUUCAGUAUAAUUAUUACAAUGUAGUUUAAUUAUACCGUUAUGCAAAGGGCAUUCUUAUGUCUAUAAAUAUAAAGUCUAUUGUAACGUAACUAUGAUGCUAUAUACAAUACUCGAAAUCAUACACUUAUAUUUAUUUAGGUUUCAAAUUUCCUUAAAUAAAAUGAGGUUCAACUGUUCA